UAGCGAUGAGAGAAGUCAUCCGGAAGACCGAUGCACGACAACCGUAUAUCGUUAUGACAGAAAAGUCGAAGGUAUUUGCAACGGCUGCUGUAAGCCACCCAGCCAGCCACACGGACGAGGGGACCACCCUUCUCAACCCUCUGCCGGCAGCAGAUGUGCCAAUAGCAACGGCACUAUCAUCUCCAUCAAAACAGAAAAACAGCGUGGUGGGGAAGAUUGUUCAGGAGGAAGCACCCCGGACCGUUCGGAUCAAUGAUGAAGAGGUCACCAUCAAGGUGGUGAAGGUGGAAGACUCCACCUCCAACUGCAAUGUCACACUGUGGAGGGCCGCUGCCGCUGCAGAUGUGAGGCCAGGUGACUACAUCCGUGUCACAGACGUCAUAGUCAACCAUUACAAUGGUUCAACAAGCCUGUCCACUACUGCUAGAACGAAAAUUGAGAAAACUGAAGUGCCAGUGUCUGAACGCGAUGUGGUUGUUGUUGGCGCUUGUGUCGACGGUGCUACAGUCGAUCUCCUAUUGGAUGAUGACACUGAAGUGAAAGUGCCUGUGGUCAUGAUGCAGGGGUUAGUUGGGGACGAAGACAUUGAGGAGGCAUCUGCAGCAGGCUUGCAAGUGCACAUAACUUCGCAAGGGCCGGAUAUCGUGAGCCUGGAGCUGAUCGAGGAGGCCUUAAUGCUUGGGUGAAAGUUUUCAGACAUGCCUGAAGUUCAGGUUUUUUGAAAGGCAAUUUUUUUACUUUUCUUAAGUAAUUACUAUUGAAAGUACCGCCAUUUCAUACUUUUCUGGUUUUUCAAUAUUUUGUACUUUCACCCAUGUUAAUGUGAAAGCCUAACUUGUGCACUACUCGACUGACUCUGAAUGGCUAGUCAUUCUUUGUGCAAUUUCAUUGCUGAUCUCACUUACCUGUACAAUAGUUGAAAGGCAUAAUGUUUUGUUUUUUCUGUUCUUGUCAUAUUUGUUCAGUUGACCACUCAAUUUCUACUAAAAACAUCUUGAAAAAAAGGAACAUAUUCAAUUUAUUUCAAUUACUGGUCAAUAUAUGCAAGCAAGUUGUGUUUUAAGAUAAACUGAAUAUUUAAUCAUUGUUUGAAAUCCAUGUCAGCCUCGAUAUCAGAAUUCACUCUUUGGUAAUCUUUGCAAGUCAUACCUUCCCUAAGGUUUUACCACUUUAUCUCAUCAUCAUUUAUAAAAGUUACAUUGUGGAAAGUUGCAUGUAAAAUUACAUGGUGGAAAGUUGCAUAUAUGCAAUA